AGAGAGAGAGAGAGAGAGAGAGACGUUCCAGGGGUUGUUAUUAUUGUAGCGUCAUUUUAAUCUGUUUGCAUUUUGUAACAUCAACACUUCUCCAAUGUUGCUCAGUUCAUGCAUAUAGCGUAACAUUAUAACAAUUAGAGUUACAAAUGCAUUUCCCAGCAUUCCCAACACUGUGUGACUACACGAUUGGCCAGCAAUUUGGCUCUCAUAGGUCUGUAGUGGAAGUACACUGACAGUUUUCUUUCAAAAAUUUGAGACGUUAAUCUUUAUCGUCACAGUCAUGAAAACCCGCGAUUAGAUCAGAAUUUAAACCCAAAACCCUUCGAGUGUCGUCGUCGGUCGCGAUUAAUGGUUUUAUGUAGAGUUUUUGUGCUGAUUGUUGGUGUUGAGCUGCUCUUGCUGAAGCAGACAGAAGAAGAAGAUGGAGGAUGAAGACUUUUUACUCGCUCUUCGUUUACAAGAGCAGUUUGAUCAGGAGACCGCGACUGCCGCGUGGACUGAUGAGUAUCCGUCCAGUAAAAAGCGCAAGGUUGACUCGUCUGGUCUGACGGACGUGUUGUCCUGCACCCAGCCCGGUCCUGAGAGAGCGCUGUCUGUCGUAGAUGAGUCGUGGGAGGUGCUGGACCCCAGUCCGGACGUGAGGGCCAUGUUCCUGCAGUUCAAUGACCGGUUCUUCUGGGGCAAACUCAGCGGUGUGGAGGUCAAGUGGAGUCCACGGAUGACCCUGUGUGCUGGUGUGUGCUCUUAUGAGGGAAGAGGAGGCUUGUGUUCUAUUCGGCUCAGUGCGCCUCUGCUGAAGCUCAGACCCCGCAGAGAUCUUGUACAGACUCUUCUUCACGAGAUGAUCCACGCUCUUCUCUUUGUGACUCAAAACAACAGAGAUCGAGAUGGCCAUGGUCCAGAGUUCUGCAAACACAUGGACAGAAUCAACCAAGCAAGUGGCGCCAACAUCACUAUAUAUCACUCCUUUCACGAUGAGGUGGACGUGUACAGGCAGCACUGGUGGCGCUGUAACGGACCCUGUCAGAAUCGAAGACCGUUCUUUGGAUACGUAAAGCGUGCGAUGAACAGACCUCCCUCGGCCAGAGACCCCUGGUGGGCCGAGCACCAGAAGACCUGCGGUGGAACAUACACCAAAAUCAAAGAGCCAGAGAACUAUGGGAAAACAGGCAAAGGUGAUAAAAGGAAAGACAAGAAUCCUUCCGAUGAGACCUCCAAGAAUGCAAAGCCUCCAAGCAGUACAACAGGCUCUGGCUCACAAGACAUCAGAAAUAUCAUUCCAUUCAGUGGGAGAGGGUUUGUUCUUGGAGGGACUUCCACGAACAAGCAGAGUCAGAGUCCUCCUAAAGCACAAGCCGAGCCUCUCACCUCUCCUCCAGACUCACCGCUCCUUCCAAGACUGCAGCCCAUCGAAGCAAACUCGUUCAAAAGAGUCAGCUCAGGUGCAUCAAAUGUCCCCCGCAGAAAGUCUGUUAGUAACACUAAUGCCUUCGUCAACAUCAACGGCUCGCCUGUGAGAAUUUCCAAAGGCAAUGACUUAAAAGGCAAGCAGAGGUCGGUACGAGAUCUCUUCCAGGCCAUAGUCCUCAAAUCUCCAGAGAGAGCAGUCAGUGCUGCUGGUUCCUCCAAGCCUAGUGCCUUAGUCGGGCAACCUAGCUUGACCAAUAACCAUCAAUCAUACAGUGACACAGUGCCAAAGCCAGAGUCGCAUCUCUCCAAUUAUUUCGGCAGCAGUUCUCAAACGUCGAAAUUCCAAGAUUCCCAGUCGAAAACUUUUGGAAGCCCCCAAAAGUCUGCAACUGGAACACCGGGUUACUUUUCUAAGCUCUUCGAAAGUAACCAAAAACUAGCAUCAGAUGCUUCAAACUCAGAAUUCCGAAACACUGGCGGUCGCCAAAGUUCACAUGCCUCGGUUACCUCAGGGUCCGGUUCCAAGCGCUUCGGAGGCUCCGAAAAGCCUGAUUCCAACUUUCCCAGCCCAAGAAGCAUCGGCAGCCCCCAGACAUCAGGGACGACGCCUUCAGGAGCCAAGAAGAGAUCAUGGGACGACCAUAAAUCUGAACAUAUCUUUGAUUACUUCCAGCAGACAAAUGGCAAGUCCUCAAUGUCCACAGUGCAGCAGAGAGAGGAGGUGGAAGACGGCAUUCUGCUAGUCAAGGAUCAGCAAGCAAACAAUCCUCCGAUCCUGAUCACCGUCCACUGCCCCGUCUGCCACAUCAAAGUCCCAGAGUCCACAAUUAAUGAACAUCUGGAUUCCUGUCUGUCAUGAUCUCUGAGAGGAAGUACAGGCCAUAGGGCUUUAAUAAAGCUAGGAGAGGUGUUUACUGUGAUAUUCCAUUGCUCAGGUAUAGCUUGAAAUAGAAAUAUUAAAUAUUAUUUUAUGACAUAGUACUGAGAUAUUUUAAUUCCAAUGCAAAAAGCAACAAUUCUUAAAAGAAAUGUAUAAGUCAUUUAAGUCUACAAAGCACGUCAUAUUUGCUUUUGCACUUACUGACUUAUUCUACCUCAUUUUUGCAUCAUGGGAAGAAUGUUGUUUGUGAUUGACAGCUUAGUUGAAAUAGAGUGAGUGGUUUAAAGAGGUGUCACUCACUGUCCUUGUGUGGGUUGAUGUCCGCGGUUCAUGUUGAAUCAGCAGUAUUGAAUUUCGCACGCGUUGGCUGUCCGCUGUGGGAUUUAGAUGUGCUUAGCUUUCUGCCGGAUCAGGCUUUGCAAGGUCGCUUUCAUCUCAGUGUCAUCAAUAACAGCUCUGGCAGGUUGGCCCGUCAGUGGGGGGGCGGAGCUUGUGCCACCCAUCUACUUUGUGCCCUAAAGGAAUGUGCACGUUCAAAAAUGAGCCCCACCCAGAAGUGAAUAUUGGGUGUGCAGGUUAAAACCUUGUGAUGUAAUAAUAGUCAUCAUAUAUUGUUAAGUCAUGAGUAUUGUUGUGUCAAGCCAAACAAUGGAAGGAAACAAAGCCUGAUGACGAGUUCACGCCGCUCCGGUUACUUCGAAGAUGUUACUUUUGGUGUUGUUCACUUAUAGGCCUGUGCGCAUAAUGUUGAUUUACGUAAAAAGAGGCAGGACGCAUUGAUUUGUUUAGUGUUUGACAUGCUGCAGGCGUUGGUGAUGUCAUUUGUAAUGUAUGCAUGUCGUUUUAACAUGCACUACAGGUUCUCAAGGCAAACCCUGCUGUCUGUUAAUGCAUCAUUCUCUGUUGGGAGUGAAAACUUUGCACAAUUUAUUGUUGGCCAAUUUAGGGGCAGACUUUUUGUAUUAAAACGGUUUCAUAUUGAUACUCUGUUUUAACAUAAAAUUAAGAAGUUUAUUAAGUGGUUAUAAAUGUUUUUGUAUGUUGAUUUUGUUAAGUGGAUUUUAUGGAAGCCCGUUUCCGCCACUGAAUAAAAAAUAAAACAAGGUAAUUGCGA